CAGCUGUCAACGAUAAACAUCAUAAUGUUUAUGGUUAUAGUGAGAAACAUAAAAAUUUAUUAAUAAAGCCUUGUAGUAGAUCUGCAAAAAAAUGGUCAAUUGGCUAUUAUUGUAAAAUUCAUUUACAGUAACUUAUAAAUAAAUUACAAUAAUGUCAGAUUUACCAACUGAAUUGACAGCUAGACCCUUGGCCCUUGUAGGUUUAAUUGGUUUAGAUUUAAGCAAUACUGUUCAUCAUUCUAUCUGGGAUGCCUUCAAUAAUAAUCGCAGACCAGAUGGUUCAACAGUGCAAUUCAAGCUGAUAAGCAAUACUCAUGAAUUCCCCACUGUCAAGCCAAAACGUAACUCUUAUGAGUGGUAUAUACCAAAAGGUAUUCUAAAACAAAACUGGAUGAAUAAGUAUUUAAAUGAAGUGCCAGCAGUUGUUGUUGUCUUUUAUGAUCUUGAUUGGCAUGAUCCUAUGUGGAAUGGAAAGAAAAUGGAAUGCGCUUCAAGAGUACAGUCAUUGAGAGCAAAUCUAGAAGGUAGAAACACUAAAAUAGCUGUAGUUUUGAUACAAAAAGAUCCACCACCACCUCCUGGGACUGAAGAUUUAAUUGCAACUGAAAGGGCUACUGCACUUUGUGGUGCCUGUGAGUUGCCAGCUAAAACCCUUUUCUUUUUACCUUAUGCUGAUCAUUUAUUAGGUUAUGUGUUCAGAUUGGAGCAUGUCUUGUAUGAAUUAGCCCAAAGUUUUUAUCAUCAAGAAUAUAGAAUAGUUAAAAGCCAUAGAGAUCAAUUAAACAAAACUGCCCACCAAUAUCUAUUUGUAAGGCAUCAAUUUAAAAUGGCCUUUUUCAAUGAACUAAGGCAAGAUCAAAAUGCAGCAUAUAAACAUUAUCAACAAUCAUAUAAUAAUUUACUUGACAUAAGGAUGGUAGAUACAAAUUCCUUGGAAAUUAAAACAGUAGCAUCAUUCAUAAAUUACAAACUAUGUAGACUGAUGUUCAGCUUAAAACUUCCAAAGGAUGCCAUAGCUCAAUUUAGAAGUCACACAGAGAGAUUCAAAACUCGAACUGGUCCCAAAGAGUUGAUGUUUGAGCAUUAUGCUUGGAUAUCCAGUCAGUACUCAACGUUUGCCGAACUGUUCAACGAGGCUAUCCGACAAGGGCUGCCUGCAGUACAAACACAACAUCCGGGUUAUUAUUUUCAAUUAGCUGCCACUUAUGCCACACAGAGGCACAAUGCUUGUAAACAAUUGUGUGAAGGUGUCAAUUCAUGUCCAGAUCCUGAUCCGCUAGCAGGUGAGGAAAAAUUAGAAUUUUACGGACAAAGACCUUGGAGGCCUGGAAAAUUGAAUGCUGAACCUGCCGAUAUCACUCGAGAGGCAGCUGCGAUAAAAGCUUUGCAGUAUAAAGAGAAAUCGGUGAAUCACUCGGUAAUCAUAAUAGGUUUAUUAGGAAAUGCCAUAUCACAAUUUAAAAUAUACAGAUGUCCGCGUAUGCGUCGACUUUUAGUUGUUCAAAUGGCUGAAGAAUAUUUCAACUGUAAAGAUUACGGAAAAGUAUUAACACUGCUAAUGCAUAUGCUAUGGGAGUAUCGAAAUGAACAGUGGCCUGUCCUUCUGACAGAUGUAUUGAAAAGUGCUCUUAAAGCUGCUUAUUUAUCUGCAAGCAUUCAAGAUUACAUCACGCUGACGGUGGAAUCCUUAGCCUCAUCUACUACUUUUCCAAUCGAGCGUAAAACUAGUAUUUUUGAAAAUAUUAAUAAUAUUCUGCAGGGUAUAUUGCCAAAUCCCGAACCAGACGUAUCGGAAGAACUUAAAGAAUCUGCUGUACAAAAGUGGUCUGCACAUUUGAAUCGGAGCGAGCCUUUUAUCUUUACAAUAGAUGACGAUAAUAUGACAUCUUUUAUCAAUGCUAAAGCUCGUUUUUCUCAGCCAAAAUAUAUGAUUAACUCAAUGGUUACGAUUGAAGUCUUUGUUAGGAAUUUAUAUCAUGGCGAAGUUGAAUUUUCAAAAAUAAUAUUGACAGUAACAGGCUUAGGAUAUAAUAUUGAAUUACCUGUGAAAGAUAUUAAUGAAGAAAACUUUGUAUUUCGUGGUAAAGAAUCGAAAAAGUUUGUAUGUCAGUUUGAAGCUUCUCAAUAUAUCGAUUCAUCUGAAAUUCAGCUUAAUAGGGUUUCGUUGUAUCUCGGAAACGAGAAAAAGUGUUGUAUAAUAAUGAAAUUUCCGUCAGCCGGAAAAGAAACUAAUAUGCUUGAUCGUUUAUAUCCUGAAAUUCAACAACUCAGGGGUGGCUUUUUCGAUAGUAUUCAACCUUUAAUUACUACUAAAAUUAAACAAGAAGAACCGGAUGUUUCAAUAGUAAUAGAUUCUAAAUUACCGGCCCUUCAAGGAGAAUGGUUUCCUAUAAAUAUAACUUUUUUGACUAACGAAAAUAUUUCUAACGUAAAUAUUUUUGUGAAUUUGUUUCAAGAUAACAAUGAACAAUUAACUGAGUUGAGUUUAAAUAUGAUCGAAAAGCAAUCUUCAAUCGUCAUUGAAGUUGACGCAAUCAGUGCCAAUUCAUCCGCUGAGAGAUUAGUUUACGUUAGAGCUCAUAACAUUGGCGACAGGACUUUUUCUAUUAAGGUGGAAUAUUUACGAUCUGAGCAAAAGAAAGAUUUGAAAGAAACUACAUAUUUACUAUCAGUUGUCAAACCUUUUGAUGUAACUACCCAAUUUUUUACGAAAUUGUACGAGCCUCUAACAAAAGGAUUUAUAAAUGACUCAUUGUUCCUCAUGCCUCAUAUCACGUGCACAUCUCCUUGGCCAAUUGAAAUAGAAGAUACUUCGAUUGAGUUGGGCCACUCAAUAUCUAUGGAAACAGAAAUGCCGAAAGAAACAAUACUGAAAAAUUUAAUAUUAAAAGAAGACGAGACUGGUACAGAUGUUUAUUGUAUUGUUCCAAAAGUCAAUAGCGAACAACCUACCAGCACUGGAAUCUAUACUAUCAAAUGGAAACGAGCCAAUGAAGAGAAUGGAGUAUUAACAAGCAGCAGUGUAACAUUAAGUCCAUUAUAUGUAGAAGAUGCGGUUGUAGGUUUAGAGACUAAACUACCUCCACAUGGUUGGGUCUGCACGCCAUUAUGUAUUUCAUAUUAUAUCAAGAAUCAUUCCGAUUAUUUGAUAAGUUUAAAAUUAAGUAUGGAGGCCAGUGAAGCUUUCAUGUUUGCUGGUCAUAAACAGAUUGAUAUCUGCGUUCUUCCAGAAAGUGUGAAAAAAAUUGAGUGGAUUCUUCGACCGUUGAUAUCUGGUUCCGUAGCUCUUCCAUCUUUGACAUUAUCAAUUCCUGCUGAUGAAGAAUAUAAAUUGAAUAAAACUAGACUUCAAGAAGUCAUAGAGCGUUCAAUACCAAGUCAUAUAUACAUAAUGCCCAAACCUCAGACAAUACAAGAGUAAGAAAUUUAUUGUUGAAUAAUGUGCAGAUGUUAUUUUGUUCUGUUCGUAUAUCUAUAAUCCGUGAAUCAAUGAAGGUUUUGUAUUUAUUGUAUAAGCUUUGUAAAAAUGUAAAAUUGAAAAUUAUGAGUG